AUGUUUAAACAGAACAAGAAUGUUUCAGUGGUGAAGGCAGGAGGAGAAAGGGGAAGCUAUCUGAGGCUCUUGGCAGUUGUAGAUGUCACUAAACCUCUGCCCAGAGUAGCCAAUCUCCGCUUGCAUAACACUCAAGUAAGAGCUAGCUUCCAAUAUGAAAGGCUAGUAAAUAACUGUUUUUAUUGUGGAAUCAUUGGACAUUUGGAAAGAGGUUGUCCCAAGAAGAUGGAUGACAUUGACAAAGGGAAAUUCAAGGAGGGCCAAUAUGGAGAAUGGUUGAGGGCAAUGGAUAAUGCUGGGAGUAGCAGAUUCAGUUCUAGUUUUAGUGCAGAACAACCUUCUUCUGAUUCUCCCUCUAAAAUGCAGCCAUCUAGUCAGAACAAUGACAACCUCAACGAGAAAGUUGGGCACAUUUCUGCUGGGAGUGGAGUGCAUACAAACAAGGACACAUCAACCAAUUUAGUUAAUCAGUCUGAUCCAUCUAUGAUGGUUAUUCAACCACCUGAAGAGGAGACAGUUGUGUGCCUACCCAUCAUACAAUCUACUCCUAUCAUUGACCAGGGAGUCUCACAAACUAGGGAUCAGAACCCACAAAUGGACUUGGGGUCUACACCACCUCUCAUUGUUGUGGCCAUUGCCAGAAGGAAAUGA